AUGGAGGAAGGUGUAGGUGGAGAAGAGUACCUUUUCAAGAUAGUGGUGAUAGGUGACUCUGCAGUCGGCAAAUCCAACUUAUUGUCGCGGUUCGCUAGAGACGAGUUUGAUCUGCACUCCAAGGCCACAAUCGGUGUGGAAUUUCAGACGCAAGUGGUGGAUAUCGACGGCAAGGAAGUCAAAGCCCAAGUCUGGGACACCGCCGGUCAAGAGCGCUUCCGCGCCGUCACCUCCGCCUACUAUCGCGGCGCCGUCGGUGCACUUAUUGUUUAUGACAUCAGUCGUCGUACUACUUUUGAGAGUAUUAAACGGUGGCUUGAUGAACUCAACACUCACUGUGAUACAACGACAGCAAGAAUGCUGGUUGGGAACAAGAGUGAUUUGGAGAAUAUUAGGGACGUGAGUGUCGAAGAAGGUAAAAGACUUGCAGAAGAGGAAGGAAUGUUCUUCAUUGAGACAUCUGCGCUUGAUUCUACAAACGUGAAAGAGGCUUUCCAGAUUGUUAUCCGUGCUAUCUACAACAAUAGCAGAAGGAAGGUUCUGAACUCGGAUUCCUACAAGGCUGAAUUGUCUUCUAACAGUGUCAGCCUCAUCAAUGGCUCCACCAGCCGUUCUUCCUGUUGUUCUCGGUGA